CGCCCACCCCCGAAUCAAGCAAUUGAAGGCGAUGGAGGAGCUGUUUCGUGUUCGAUGAUCGUGUGUUUAGUUUCUAAUUCUAUUCUUUCUUUCUUUCUAUCUUUCUUUCUUUCUCACUCUCUCUUUUGUACUGGACUUUUCUUGCUCUUUGCAUCUGCUCUGCUGCCAUCAUCAGCAUCGUCACUGUCACUCUUUUCACCGAAUUGAUUCCUCUCAUUGCUGCAGCUGCAGCCAGUAUUUACCGUCCGGGUCUCCGACCGACCUUUAGACUAUAACCCACUGACCCAUUUGGCCCCUCCUUGCGUCUUUUUGGUUCCUUUCCCUUGACAUUCCUGCUGUCUAUCCUCCUAUCACAACUCGCGCCGAUGCCCGUCCCACGAACCGCAUCCCAAGGAACCGGCCGGCGACCAUCCUUGACGCUUAACGCCGCGCCGCCUCUUACGGCCACUUCCACAUCAUCCUCCGCCAUCGCUUCGCCUCUCCCACCAACAACCCCCAAUCCCCUCUCUGCGACUUCCACCUCCUUCGCCCAGUCCACCAAGAACCGGCAUGCUGCCCGUCAUACCAGAGCUACCUCGUGGACUUCCGGCCACGACCAAGGCGGCGAACCCUCGUCCUCGACCUCUGCCAAUUUUCCGCUCCACCAACAACACCACCACCAACAACGUCGUCGUCGCGAAUCCAACCUCUCGCUAGCCGACGUCUCCGAAGGCUCCUCCGGCCGCUACGAGGACUACGACCACGAUUCCCACAACAUGGCCUCGAGGAACACCUCUCUCGACUGGGGCCAUGCCCGCAGUCGCUCCCACAGUCAAUCACAGACCGCGAUGUUGCGACCUCAAGAACUGGCCGAUGCGCCCUCCGCGGCGCCCAUCUCGCGCCCCGCUCCGGUGACCUGGAUGUCCCUGCCGAAGAAGGGCCAGCUCGCGCUGCUGGGGCUCUGCCGUGUCUUCGACUUCUUGCAGAUUGCCUCCCUGCAGGCCUACAUGUUUUAUCAGCUGAAGUCCUUCGACGAGAACCUGUCCGACGCCGAUGUGUCCACCCAGGCCGGCAUCCUGCAGGGCGCCUUCACCGCCGCGCAGUUUGCGACCGCUAUCCCCUGGGGUCGGGUGGCCGAUGCGGAGUGGGGUGGCCGGAAGUUCGUGCUGCUGGUGGGCUUGCUGGGCACCGCCUUGUCCUGCCUGGGGGUCGCCUUCGCGACCUCGUUCGCGCAGGCCGUGUUCUGGCGCUCCUUCGGCGGGGCCAUCAAUGGGACUGUCGGGAUCAUCCGGACCAUGAUCGCGGAGAAUGUGAAGGAGAAGAAGUACCACUCGCGCGCGUUUUUGAUUCUACCAAUCGGGUUUAAUGUGGCCGCCUUGUUUGGUCCCGUGAUGGGCGGGAUGCUGGCCGAUCCGGUCAAGGCGUAUCCCCGGUUAUUUGGGCCCGACUCGUCGUUCGGCGGUGCCAACGGCGUGCAGUGGCUGAUCCGCUACCCCUACGCUUUGCCCAUGCUGGCGAACGCCAUUUUCUUGUCGUUCGCGGCGGCGUGUGUCGCCAUUGGUCUGGAAGAGACCUUGGAGGCUUGUAAAGGCAAACCCGGGUUGGGGGUCUUCUCGAUGCGGAUUUUCGCGCGCGGUGUUCGCGCCGUGGUGCCCUCGUCCUCCCCGCUGUAUCACCGGCUGCCGUUCGCCGACUACGAAGAGGCCGGCCCUCUACUGGGCCGCCGGGAUACGGCCGAGAGCUACGAGAUGGAGGAGAAGGCCAGCAAACACACUCGCCAAAGCCGCAGCUUGCCCUUCCGUCGGAUCUGGACCAAGAACGUGCUGUGCACGCUCCUGGCGCAGGCCUUCUUCGACUUCCAAAUGGGUGCCUUCAACAACCUGUGGCUGUUGUUCCUCUCGACGCCGCGCUACGACGCCAACGACCCCACGAGCCCCCUGCAGAAGCUGCCGUUCGUCUUCACCGGCGGCCUGGGGAUGCUGCCGCAGAGCGUGGGCUUCGCGACCGCGAUCCUCGGCAUCAUCGGCAUGCUCCUGCAGUUCACCAUCUACCCCAGCAUCAACGGCCGCCUGGGCACGGCCAAGAGCUACCAGUACUUUUUGACGUUGUUCCCCCUGGCGUACGCGUUUGCGCCGUACAUCGCCCUGGCGCCGUCCACGGUGCCGCCGCCGGGCCAGGCCAACGGCGGCUGGGUGUGGUUCUCGAUCAUCGUGGUGCUGUUCCUGCAGGUGACGGCGCGCACCUUCACGCUGCCGACCUCGAUCAUCCUGCUGAACAACUGCUCGCCGCACCCGUCCGUGCUGGGCACCAUUCAUGGGAUUGGCCAGUCCGUGUCGUCUGCCUUCCGCACCAUCGGGCCGAUCUUUUCGGGGUCGUGGUACGGGUACGGGCUGGAGAUGGGCAUGGUGGGCUUCGCCUGGUGGCUGGUGGCGCUGGUGUCGGUGUUCGGCUGCGUGGCGGCGAUUUUCGUGUAUGAAGGGUCGGGGCAUGAGAUUAUUCUUCCGGGGGAGGAGGAGGAGUAGCAGUGCCUCGGUUUUCGAGUUUUUGGUCUAAAUCUCUUUGCUUGUUGAUAUUUCCUGUAUAUAAUUACAUGCGUCCGUGUUCAGGAUGAUGGUGUUCUGGAUAUACGGGCUGUCGCAUGCUUGCAUAUUUGGUUUGUUUAUGAGCGUUCGCUACUGAUACCUGUUGCAUUUUGCUUGUUGUACGCGUGUUGCUACGCGUGGAUGACGGAAAAAAGGGGAGGGAGUAUAGAGGACGAAUACAAUAGAUUCAGU